GGCUCUUUUUGACCGGUGGAGAGAAAAUACGUAUCAGAGGGCUGGCCUGUUAUAUAUGCAAUAAGUCCAUGUCAAAAGGCAAUGGGGUUCUUGUGCCUUUCGUCCUCUUCUUGGUCUCAGCAUCCGUGUUUCCGGCGCAGUCACUAGCAGCUGAAUCCCCCAAAACUGGAGAAAGAAGUGGCUGCGGGCGGCCUGAUCCUUCUCGCCGCUUCAAGUGUUACCAUGGAGGUUACGAUCUUCGGAACAAGCACUAUUGGGCCUCUGCGGCAUUUACAGGAGUUCACGGAUACGUGAUUGCCGGGGCAUGGAUGUUGAGUGGACUGGGCUUUGGAAUCUUCAUGCAUUUGAAGAGCGCGAGCACAAGUUCAACAGACCCAUCAAAUCUCCAGAGAGUCAUAGUAAUCUCGCUCGUGCUCUUGCUCAUCCUUCUUGCCAUAGUGGCCAGUGGUUGCAUCCUUGCGGCAAAUCAGAGGUCCCACCACAGAAUGAGGAGGCUGAAAGAAACCGUUCUCAAAGCAGGCGAAGAUGCUCGCCGAACAAUUCGAAAAAUCAUUGCAACAAUGACAGAAAUGGAAUACAUAUUGCUUCCCUAUGAACCCGCCGUGUCUUUCCGGUUGAAUUUGACCACUCAUCAACUUGGAAAGGAAUCGAGGGUCAUCCAACGCUUUGUCCAGACGAACGGCCAUUCAAUCAAUCUGGCAAUUCAAACUUCGUACAUUGCACACAUCAUGAUCGUAGCAGUCAACUUGGUUCUGCUAACUGGGGCGAUCGUUCUUCUUCUGCUACACUGGCAUCCAGGACUCGUCAUGAUAAUUCUCUUUUGCUGGAUCUUAACAACUCUUUGCUGGGUUAUCACCGGCUUUGAUUUCUUUCUCCUUACUUUUGCAGAGGAUACUUGCUCAGCGUUUAAAGAUUAUAUACAGAAUCCCAAAAACAACAGUCUUGCUACAAUCCUACCAUGUAUGGACUCAUCAUACUCGGACCAACUCAUGACAGAGAUCGGCUCCACCGUUCACAACUUCUUCUCCCAGUUGAAUGCCAAGACAAGCCUGUUAUAUCGGUCCUUAGGAAUAAGUGAGCUAGGUGACGAGUUGCCUGGAGCCAUGAAGUUAUGUGAACCUUUUUCCGGGCCUCCUGACUACAGCUACAUUCCCAGAAACUGCUCAAAGGCUGAGAUACCAAUCAGCAACUUGCCGAACGUCCUUGCGCAGUUCACGUGCUACCGGGGAAACUCGCCGGGGAAAUGCAAGAGCGAAGGGAAGUUCCUGUCGGAGUCCGCCUACUACAUGGCCUGGGCAUACAGUAGGUCCAUCCAGGAUCUGAUCAACAUAUAUCCUGAUCUCAAGGGCCUAUCAGAGUGCUCUUUUGUGAAGGGCAGGUUUGAGGAGGCUGUGUUGCACCAGUGCAGGCCACUUAGGGCCUCCAUACAUGGGUUAUGGUCAUCAAUGCUUGCCCUGUCAAUUGUGAUGGUGCUUUUGGUGUUGGCAUGGGUGUUCAAGGCAUGGCAGGAUAGGCGAAGAGCCUUCCCUAGGCGUUCUAUUUUUCCCAAUUCCUAGAUAAAGGUGACCGAUAAGUGGGUUUGAACUGUUCCGACCCCUUAAGUCGGGCCUAAUUUGUUGUCCAAACCCACUCGUAACAAAAAUAAUUAGGACAAAAUUGUUGGACUAGGAUGGGCCGGCUUCACAACUGAAUGGCCGAGCCCAAGACCACUCAAACACGCCCGUCGAGUGUGGCCCAUGACUUGUCAAGCCCAUGAUCAAGUCUAUAGCAGUAAGGAUUCAUAGAAAUAGAGGACAAGGACAAAACAUGACACAACCCACCCUUUUUUACUCAUUUUUUGGGGAAUUUUCUUUGUUUACAAGAGGUGAAUGCAAGCUGUACAUACCAUGGAGAAUAACUCAUGCAUCACAUUUAUC